AUGAACCCAAGGUUUUCCAAUACGUUGUAUCCUCGUACACGCCCACUCGGCUCUCGUGAAAGGGUUAGAGAAGCAUUCACAGUCUCCCCGUAUCCUCGCUGUUUCACAGCCCAGCACGCCCUAUUGCUCGCGGCUCCCGGGGCGAUCAAGAGCUGCAUCAGCGACCGCGAGCUCGACUGGCUCAACGGAUCGAACGCCAUCGUGGCCUCCGUGCUCGAGGCGAUGGAGGAAUACAAUUGGUGCCACUUAGCCUGCCACAGCAUUCAGGACACUAAAGAUCCGAUGAAAAGCAAAUUCGCUCUGCAUGGCGGAGCGCUGGACCUGAAAAUAAUCAUGACCAAGACGUUCGAACGCGCCGAGAUGGCGUUCCUGUCUGCGUGCCAGACUGAGACGGGCGACGAGAAUCGACCAGAGGAAGCAGUGCAUCUCGCGGCGGCGAUGCUCGCAGCAGGAUACAGGACUGUAUACGCAACGAUGUGGUCGAUCGGAGACAAGGAUGGGCUUGUGGUUGCUAAAGAGGUUUAUUCGUACCUGUUGAAUAGGUCAGAUAGGGGAAACGGGAAGGAAGCGUACGCGCUACAUCAGGCGGUGGCGACUCUCAGAAACAAUGUUGGUGAGGAGGCCUUCGUGAAGUGCUUCCGUUCGUCCAUUUCGGCGCUUGAGCCCGUGUAG